AGAACUAAGGAGAGGCUAUGAGAGAUGGUCAUGGCUUAGAUAACGGAGGGAAGAAUUUGAGGGGCGCAAGCACAAUUGUCCCUGUCAUUCGCAAAAGUCUGAGACCCUCUAGGAUUCCUCUCAUUGCCUCCAUUUUGCGCUGCACUGCUUUUGGCGGGCAGUAGAGCUGCUUCUUGUUUCUCGGUUGCUUCCAGAAUCAUUCGCACCCCCAGACCUCUGCAGGGAGACCAUGCCGAGACCCCGGAAGAGGCUGGCUGGGACUGCUGACCCAGACAAGAAGAGGCUAUCAGGAAAACGUACCAAAACUGAGAACUCAGGUGAGGCAUCACCUCAAGUGGAGAACUCCAGCCCUCAGAAUACUUCAUCCUCUGAAAUUUGUGUGAAGAAUCUAAGCAGGUAUUGGCUGAUGAAGUCAGAGCCAGAAAGCCGAAUAGAAAAAGGUGUAGAUGUGAAGUUCGGCAUUGAGGAUCUCAAAGCACAGCCCAAGCACACAACAUGCUGGGAUGGCAUACGGAAUUACCAGGCUCGGAACUUCCUUAGAGCCAUGAAGCUGGAGGAAGAAGCUUUCUUCUACCAUAGCAACUGCAAAGAGCCAGGCAUAGCAGGACUUAUGAAGAUCGUGAAGGAGGCUUACCCAGACCACACACAGUUUGAGAAAAACAGUCCCCAUUAUGACCCGUCCAGCAAGAAGGAAGACCCCAAAUGGUCCAUGGUGGAUGUACAGUUUGUUCGGAUGAUGAAGCGUUUCAUCCCUCUGGCCGAGCUCAAAACUUAUCAUCAAGCCCACAAAGCUACUGGUGGCCCCUUAAAAAACAUGACUCUCUUCACUCGCCAGAGACUCUCAGUUCAGCCCCUGACCAAAGAAGAGUUUGAUUUUAUUUUGAGCCUGGAGAAAAAGGAACCAAGUUAACUAAGACACUGUUGCUGGAAUGACCAAGACAUUACUCCAAGGAGGUCAAGUGUUUUUAAGACGAAGGUUUGAAAAGGCUUGCUUGCUUAUGUUCACCUGGGCUUGUGUACACAGGUGGGUUUGUGUACUUUUUUCAAUAAAGUAUUAAUACCAAAGUUGAAG